GGUGGGGGGUACAAGGAGCAGGGAGGAUUGGCAGGGCGAGAGACGAAGAAACCCAGGGUAGCUGGACAAGGGGAAGGGGAGGGGCGGCCGGGAACCUGGGGCCCUUGGAUGGAGAGGGGAUGAAGCAGGCCAGUUUUGGAAGAAACAGGGAAGGGAGAGGACGGCAGUGAGGAGGGGCGCCUAGGAGGAGAGGUGAGGAUGAAGGCGCAAAGGAGAGUAUAUCUGGGGAAAGGGAAACCAGGGCAGGUACAGAGGCCGAGCUCCUGAGGUAGCUAUGGGGCUAGACUGGAGACCCCCGGGUGGGACUGAGGGGCGGAGACUGGAAAAGGGAAGCCGGGAGCCUCCCAGUUCCUGGGGGAGGAAGGUGAUUUGGGCAAUAAGUGAGGCAAGUGGAUGUCUCCCUCCAUCGCUGAGCGUCCAGGGAGCAGGAAUAGGGGUGGACACAGGCCCAACCCAGGCUAACUGGAAGUGGGGGACGGCAGGGCGCAGGGAUAGAUGGAUGGGUGGUAUUUUGGAUCCCCAAGGUAGAAGGCUCCCACCCUUCAUCCAGCAUCUCCACCCUGCCCUCAUGACAAACCCCCAACCCCCAUCCCAGUCUCAGGGCCCAAGAGAGGGUGGGAGUCUGACUGUCUCCCCCUUCCCCAGUGGGGUGCAAUGUACUACGCAAGUAGGCCCCGACAUAACUCCUUGUCUGUAGUGGAUCCGGGACCCAGGGAGGGCCGCCCCCCGGGCCUGGUGGCGCUGAGUAGGGCCCCCCAGCCCCCACCUCCUGCCCCACGACAUGAACCUCCUCUACCGGAAAACCAAGCUGGAGUGGAGGCAGCACAAGGAGGAGGAGGCCAAGAGGAGCUCCAGUAAGGAGGUGUCUCCCACAGGCCCGGCAGGGCCCGGGGCUGGCCCAGGGCCUGGGGUCCGUGUGAGGGACAUCGCCUCGCUGCGCCGCUCCCUCAGGAUGGGCUUCAUGACGAUGCCUGCCUCCCAGGAGCACACCCCCCACCCCUGCCGCAGUGCCAUGGCCCCACGCUCCCUCUCCUGCCACUCAGUGGGCAGCAUGGACAGUGUGGGGGGUGGGCCUGGGGUGGGCAGUGGGGGUCUCACAGAGGACAGCAGCACCCGAAGACCCCCAGCCAAACCUCGGAGACACCCCAGCACCAAGCUCAGCAUGGCUGGGUCAGGGGCAGAGACACCCCCCAGCAAGAAAGCAGGCUCACAGAAACCAACCCCGGAGGGCCGUGAAUCCAGCCGAAAGGUUCCUCCACAGAAGCCCAGACGAAGCCCUAACACUCAGCUCUCCGUCUCCUUCGAUGAGUCUUGCCCCUCAGCCCCUUGUCCUCGAGGGGGGAACCUACCCCUUCAGCGUCUCAGUAGGGGGUCCUGUGUAGCUGGGGACCCUGAGGUGGGUGCCCAGGAAGAAGAGCCUGUGUACAUCGAGAUGGUGGGUGAUGUCUUCAGGUCAGGAGGGCGAAGUGGGGGGGGCCUAACCGGGCCCCCUCUUGGGGGUGGGGGCCCAACCCCUCCAGCUGGCGCUGACUCGGACUCAGAAGAGAGUGAGGCCAUAUACGAGGAGAUGAAAUACCCGCUGCCCGAGGAGACUGGGGAAGGCCGGACCAACGGGGUCCCAGCACUGACGGCAGCAGCCUCCAUACACCAGCCUCAUGUCCUUCAGCCCCAUGCCCACCGCCGGCCGGCUUCAGCCCUCCCCAGCUGGAGGGACGGGACGCCCACCAAGACCACUCCUUGUGACAUUCCCCCACCCUUCCCCAACCUCCUUCAGCACCGUCCUCCGCUCCUGGCCUUCCCCCAAGCCAAGUCUGCUUCCCGAACCCCUGGCGAUGGGGUCUCAAGGUUACCAGUCCUCUGUCACUCCAAGGAGCCAGCCAGCUCCUCCACCCCAGCUCCCCAAGUGCCUGUCCGGGAGCGGGAGACGCCUCCCCCACCGCCUCCGCCUCCUGCUGCCAACCUGCUGCUUCUGGGACCCUCGGGCCGGGCCCGGAGCCACUCAACACCGUUGCCACCCCAGGGCUCUGGCCAGCCCCGGGGGGAGCGGGAACUCCCCAACUCCCACAGCAUGAUCUGCCCCAAGGCGGCAGGGGCGCCGGCAGCCCCUCCUGCCCCAGCCACCUUGCUCCCCGGCCCCCCCAGGGACAAGGCUGUGUCUUACACCAUGGUGUACUCAGCAGUCAAGGUGACCACUCACUCCGUCUUGCCAGUUGGCCCACCCCUGGGUGCUGGGGAGCCAAAGACGGAGAAGGAGAUCUCAGUUCUCCACGGGAUGCUGUGCACCAGCUCAAGGCCUCCUGCGCCUGGGAAAUCCAGCCCCCACAGCGGGGUUGUGGGCACAGCAGCUGGAGUCCUCCACCACCGAGGCUGCCUGGCCUCCCCCCACAGCCUUCCGGACCCAACUACAGGUCCUCUUACCCCCCUCUGGACAUACCCAGCUGCAGCAGCUGGGCUCAAGAGACCCCCUGCCUAUGAGAGCCUCAAGGCUGGGGGGGUGCUGAACAAGGGCUGUGGAAUGGGGGCCCCAUCCCCCAUGGUCAAGAUCCAGCUUCAGGAGCAAGGGACUGAUGGGGGUGCCUUUGCCAGCAUCUCCUGCGCCCAUGUCAUCACCAGUGCAGGGACACCAGAGGAAGAAGAGGAGAUGGGUGCCACGGCAUUUGGGGCAGGCUGGGCUCUGCAGAGGAAGGUCCUGUACGGAGGGAGGAAGGCAAAGGAGCUGGACAAAGUCGACGAUGGUGCCCGGGCCUGGAACGGCAGUGCCGAGGGUCCAGGCAAAGUGGAGCGUGAGGACAGGGGCCCCAUGGCAUCAGGGAUCCCAGUGAGGAGCCAGGGAGCUGAGGGCCUGCUGGCCAGGAUCCACCACGGAGGGGACCGAGGAGGGAGCCGCACGGCACUGCCUGUACCCUGCCAGACCUUCCCUGCCUGCCAUCGCAAUGGAGACUUCACUGGAGGCUACCGCCUGGGGCGCUCAGCCUCCACUUCUGGAGUCCGGCAGGCCGCACUCCAUACACCCCGGCCCUGCAGCCAGCCUAGGGACACCCCGAGCCAGACCCACCCUGCACUGCCGCCACCGCUGCCCCUGCCGCCCCAGCCGGCCCGAGAGCGCGAGCGCGAGCGCGAUGGCAAGCUGCUGGAGGUGAUCGAGCGCAAGCGCUGCGUGUGCAAGGAGAUCAAGGCCCGCCACCGCCCCGACCGGGGCCUCUGCAAGCAGGAGAGCAUGCCCAUCCUCCCCAGCUGGCGGCGAGGGCCGGAGCCCCGCAAGUCCGGCACCCCGCCCUGCCGCCGGCAGCACACCGUCCUCUGGGACACUGCCAUCUGAGGAGGGCGGGAGGCCGGGCUUCGCCUGGGGGGACGGGACGGGACGGGAGGGGUGGGCAGGCCGUGCUGGCUGGACACUUGCUUUGAAAGAGGGUCACUUGAAAGGACCAGGCAGGAGAGAGCUCGGGAGAACACCUGCCCUCCACCCAAACCCCAGAGAUGAGGAGUCUGCCGGCCCAUCGGGCUUGGGGCAUCAGCAGCACCCCCAGACCUCUGGGGGAGGAGGGUUUGCUUGUGAUUGGAGGUGAGGCUCUCCUCGCAGAACCUGGUUGACCCGUCCGUCCUCGUCCUCGGGAGGGCUGCGAAGGCAAGCCUGUGGUCAGCAUGGGGGAGGAGGAGAGGGCUAGGGAGAAGGGGCGGGUCUAACCGCGGAGUGGCACGAGCGGGAGCUGUAGACUGGCGAUUUUAUAGAGGCGGGGAUGGGGAGGGGAUUUAUUUUAUUUAUUUUCACCGGAGGGCAAUUCUGGGCCCUUCUGUCUACUUCUAAGUGGGGAGUGGGGGGCUGGGGGCAAUUAAAAGGGAAACUAGUUUGCACUCUCCCCAAUACCCAAGGCCCCACCAUCCAUGCCCACCUCAAAGCUAGGGAUUGGUCUGGAAUGGGGAGUGGAGCAGGGGAGGGGAGGGGCUCAGGUGGAUGGAGGGCCUUAGGCCAUUUACAGUACUUACCAGUCUCCUGAAUUUGGUAGUGAGCAGUGGCCUGCUCUGAGACAGGCCUUAUUUAGCUCUGGGUGAGGGUCUAGCACCAGGGAUGGGUGGGCUGAUGGGGAAGGAGGGACAUUUUAGUGGGUGGGGGGUGGUCAGGGUAUUUAUUUAAAUUUAAAAAAAUCAAAAGAU